AUGUCUGCCGCCGCUAAAAUGGAACAGGUAGAUCUUGUGCAGGCCAACAAGUUGGCCGCGGGCGCGGACAAGAAGUCCGUGCGUGUCGUGAACGGGCUGGGCUCGCUCAUGGGCUCGAAAAAAAUGGUCAACGUCGACUUUGACGAGGACUCCAACAUGGACUACUUGCUGCGCAGGGACCAGGAGGAAAAAGACAGAUACAAGAGCGCCAGGCACAUCUCCGAGAUGCCCUGGACCGUGCACAACUGGCACCGCCACCUCAACUGGCUGAACAUGGUGCUUGUCGUCGGAAUCCCGCUCGUCGGGUGGUACUACGCGCUGUCCGGCAAAGUGCCCCUCCACCGCAACGUCGCCAUCUUCUCGCUUCUCUACUACGUCAUUGGCGGUGUUUCCAUCACCGCCGGUUACCAUCGUCUGUGGGCCCACCGCGCCUAUUCUGCGCGCUGGCCCCUACGUCUGUUCUUCGCCGUUUUCGGCGCCGCUUCCGUCGAGGGUUCUGCUAAAUGGUGGGGCCAUUCGCACAGAAUCCACCACCGUUACACGGAUACCGUCAGGGACCCCUACGACGCGCGCCGCGGCCUAUGGUACUCGCACAUGGGCUGGAUGCUUCUGCAACCAAACCCCAAGUACCGCGCCAGAGCCGACAUCGCAGACUUGACUGACGACUGGAUCGUUCGGUUCCAGCACAGACACUACAUCCUUAUUAUGCUGUUCAGCGCCUUCAUUUUGCCCGCUGCCGUGUGCUCUUACUUCUUCAACGACUUGAAGGGUGGUCUCAUCUACGCGGGUAUCAUCCGUGUCUUUGCCAUCCAGCAAGCCACUUUCUGCAUCAACUCCUUGGCCCACUACCUUGGUUCUCAGCCCUUCGACGACCGCAGAACUCCUCGUGACAACUGGAUCACCGCUUUGGCCACUUUCGGCGAAGGCUACCACAACUUCCACCACGAGUUCCCCACUGACUACAGAAACGCCAUUAAGUGGUACCAAUACGACCCUACCAAGAUUUUCAUCUACAUGUCUUCUAUGGUCGGUUUGGCCUUCAACUUGAAGAAGUUCUCCCAAAAUGCAAUUCAGCAAGGUCUAGUGCAACAGCAACAAAAGAAAAUCGACCGCCAAAGGUCUCACCUCAACUGGGGGACUCCUCUCACCCAAUUACCUGUAUGGGACAAACAAGAGUUCAUGGACCAAAUCAAGAAGAACCCAGGCCUUGUUGUCAUCUCCGGUAUCGUGCACGACGUUGCUGGUUACAUCACAGAACACCCAGGUGGUGAGACUUUGUUGCAAGCUGCUCUAGGUAAGGAUGCCACGAAAGCUUUCAACGGUGGUGUUUACUUGCAUUCCAACGCUGCUCACAAUGUUCUGGCUACCAUGAGAGUGGCCGUUGUGAAGGAAGGUUACGAUGCUGCUACCAAGUUUGCUGCCAGAAGAGGAGAGUCUCUAGAUGGCAAGAAACUAGUAUAA